GUCUGAACGGGUUCAACAGCCGCGUCUGCAUGUCUCUACCAAUUUCCUCUAUAAAUCGUCUGCUACCGCUCCCGGAUGAAGAUUAACAGGUAUGCCAAAGGAAAAAUAUGAUCCCCCAGAUCCCCGUAGAUGUUACACCAUCAUGUCAGCCGAGGAGGCGGCCAGUGGGAAGAAGUCUCACUGGGCCGAGCUGGAGAUAUCUGGGCGGGUGAGGAGUCUGAGCAGCUCGUUGUGGACGCUCACUCACCUGACGGCGCUGCACAUCAACGACAACAACCUGAGCCGCAUCCCGCCGGACAUUGCCAAGCUGCCCAACCUGGUCUACCUGAACCUGUCGUCCAAUAAGCUCCGCAGCCUGCCCGCCGAACUGGGCAACAUGGUCUCACUCAGGGAAUUGCUUUUAAACAACAAUCUUUUGCGAGUUCUGCCUUAUGAACUUGGGAGGCUUUUCCAGUUACAAACCUUGGGGCUAAAAGGAAACCCUUUGUCCCAGGACAUCCUCAAUCUGUACCAGGAGCCGGACGGAACCAGAAAGCUUUUGAACUACAUGCUCGACAAUCUAGCAGUGCACCCAGAGCAGCUGCCCCAAAGACCUUGGAUCACUCUGAAAGAGCGAGACCAAAUGAUCCCCUCAGCCGUGUUCACAGUCAUGUGCUACAACGUGCUGUGCGACAAGUACGCCACGCGACAGCUGUACGGCUACUGUCCGUCCUGGGCCCUCAACUGGGAGUACCGGAAGAAAGGCAUCAUGGAGGAAAUCACCAACUGUGACGCCGACAUCAUCAGCCUGCAGGAGGUGGAGACCGAGCAGUACUACACGUUGUUUCUGGAAACACUAAAGGAGCGCGGCUACGACGGCUACUUCUGUCCGAAGUCUCGUGCCAAACUGGUUUCUGAACAGGAGAGGAAGCACGUGGACGGCUGCGCUGUGUUCUUCAAGACCGAGAAGUUUACGUUGGUCCAGAAACACACUGUGGAGUUCAACCAGGUGGCGAUGGCCAACUCCGAGGGCUCGGAGGUCAUGCUGAACAGAGUGAUGACCAAAGACAAUAUCGGGGUGGCCGUUCUGCUCGAGGUUAACAAGGACGUGUUUUCCGGUGGCAUGAAGCCGCCACAGGAGAGGCAGCUGAUCCUGGUGGCCAACGCCCACAUGCACUGGGACCCCGAGUACUCGGACGUCAAGUUGAUCCAAACCAUGAUGUUCCUGUCGGAGCUGAAGAGCAUCGCCGAGAGGGCCUCGGGUUCCGUGGCGGCCGGCUCGCCGACCUCUGACCCAUCCUCCAUCCCCAUCGUCCUGUGUGCUGACCUCAACUCGCUGCCCGACUCCGGUGUGGUGGAAUACCUGAGCAACGGAGGAGUGGCCGAGAACCACAAGGACUUCAAGGAGCUACGCUACAACGAAUGUCUGACCAACUUCAGCUGCAACGGCAAGAACGGCAACUCAGACGGAAGCAUCACACACAGCUUCCAGCUGAAGAGCGCCUACGACAGCAAUCUGAUGCCUUACACCAACUACACAUAUGACUUCAAGGGCGUGAUCGACUACAUCUUUUUCUCCAAGACCCACAUGAGUGUCCUGGGCCUGCUGGGACCGCUGGACAGCCAGUGGCUCAUCGACAACAACAUCACCGGCUGCCCCCACCCCCACAUCCCCUCGGACCACUUCUCCCUGCUGGCCCAGCUGGAGCUGCACCCUCCCCUGUCCCAUCCGCUCAACCCCCUAAACGGGCUGCACCUGCCGGUCAACAGCAGCACUGCCCAUGAGACCAAGACGCUCAGAGAUUAACCCAGCACCAUCCAUCCAUCCAUCCAUCCAUCCAUCCAUCCAUCCAUCCAUCCAUCCAUCCAUCCAUCCAUCCAUCCAUCCAUUCAUCUAUCCAUCCAUCCAUCCAUCCAUCCCUCCAAUCCUUCCUGAACCAACCUUUUGGGGGUUGUGAUCAUGAGGAGUUGAAACUGAGGAAUCAUUGCUCACCUCAGACUGUACAAACAAACAGCUUUUUUGUAUCCACAACGUUCAAGGACAAAUCGGUCGUUCCUACCAGAGGUCUGAAAUGCACACUCUCACUUGUUUGUGAUUUCUCCCUGGUGGGUUUUGUGUUUUACAGAUUUCCAUUGCAAAGAGCUAUCGCUGUCUUGUCCACAGGAUUACCACAACCGCCAUCACACGCGAUUUCUGAAUGUAAAAAAAAUCCUGUUGUUCAAUAUCUGGCCCUGGUUUCUUUUGUUUGUUUUUGUUUUGUUUUGUUUAGUUUUGUUUGUUUCCUCCACUGUUGAGUUUUUUCAGACUAAGUUUACACCAGUGUGGUCACUUCAUGAGGUUCUGAGUCUUUGGUGGCCAAUAGGACGCCCAGCGAUGUUCACUGGGAGGAAAGGGAGGAUUAAUGUGACAAAGUGUUAAGCAUUUGAAAGAAGGGUUCGUUGACAGGUCGGUGCAUCCAAACCAGGAAACAUGAGCUUAAAGGAUACUACGUAAAUGUUCUCCUCCCAGUGUAUUAGCCUGUAAACAGUGUCGUAGGAAAGGAAUUCAAAAACAUCACACCAAAUUAAUUCUUAGAAAAUUGAGAUUAUGCAAGUGAACUGAGUUGAUAUGACCUUUUAAAAAUGCAUGGUAGAAGAUAUUUAAAUUUAAUGUACUGACCACAGGUUAAUGCACUGGUUCAUAUGCUGGAAUGAGAUCAUUACAAAAUAAGAUUUGGUCUACAAAGGGGGCAGAGACUAAGGUGUCAAGACACUUUUUUAAAAAGUCUUAACCCCGUCAGUUUGUUUGACAGUUAACCAACAAUUUUCAGUUUCCUGUCUUAUCUUCAAAAUUUGGGCAAUAUCGAGUGUGAAGAAUAAGGAAUGCCAGGCGGUUAUUUCUGGAAAUAAUGAGUUUUUUUUUCCUUGUAGCAUUCCUAGAAAAAUGAUUUUAAAGUUGCUGCCUUUCGGCAACUUCAGCAGAUUUGUUUUAUUCAUGUGUAGUAAGUGACGUGAAACUGGGCGAGGACUCUCAGCCACCAGCAGACACCAACAAAGGUGCUACAUUAUCUCUCAAGAGGAUUUUAAAGAACUGCACUUAAACCUGUUAUAUGUAACUAAAAUGUUAAGUUUCUAUUUCCAGACCAGCAGCUCUUCACCACAUUGGUUUUCAGUCCUCCCAGCCUCCGCAGCAGACGCGAGGAACCAGUCAGUGAGCGUCUGUCUGGAGGGAGAACCUGCAGCUUUGUGGUGAAGAGCUGCUAACGUUAGACACAGCAGGUUUUUGUAUUGUGGAAUCCAAAGUGUGCAUCAUGUUUGACAAUUAAAUGUCAAAAAGCUGCAAAACAGCAGUGACACAAGUCACUGUUUACCCUGCGAGGACGCGAGGAAGUUUGUCUGACGUAGGUGGCGGUGCUGACUUGGUUGUGAAAAGGAAAAAAAAAAUACAGAUGUAGCCUUUGUAGACGUCCUUUUAACUUUUGUUUUGCAAGCUGAGUUGCUGCUGCACAUUGCAGUUAGAUAUGUUUAAGUGAAGUUGUGUCAUCAGGAGAAGCGUUUUUUGGGGAUUCCUUUAACACCCUCACCCCCCCCCUCCCAAAAACAGGAUGAAAAUAAAUGAAUGAGUAAAUACAAAAAUAAAAAAAGAUUCAAA